AUGCCGUACAUUUCAACAGAGGCUCUCGUAGGCGCGGCCCUGGUCGUCGUCCUCGCCUUCGGCUAUCAGCAUAUGACCUCCACUGGGUCCAACGGCAACAACAACGACAGCUCCACCGCAGCCAAGAAGAAGAACAAGAAGAACAAGAACAAGAAAAAGGCUGGCACCGACACACCAAUUGGCACGCCUGUGGCUGUGAGCGAGGCCGAGGAGCCCAAGAGCGAGCCCAAGAAGGGCAAGAAGGGCAAGCACUCGACCACACUCGAGCACAAGGUCAAGCCUGCGCCCGUCCCCGUCCUUGCGGCAGUUGCUGUUCCGGCGACGUCUGAGGAGUCUGAGGAGUUCGAGCCGCCAUCGUUCGCCGCUGCGGCCAAAGCUUCCGCUCCCACCAAACCCAAGACUUUGGCCGAGAAGCUCGUUCCCAAGGUCCCCAAGACCAAGGUUGACGAUAUGCUCGCGCCCGAGGACCGCCCUCCCCAACUCGCGCGAGUGAUGCGCGUUGUGCAGCCCGAGAAGGUUGACAAGUUCGCCGACGACUAUGCAUCGUCCGAGUGGUCGGAUGAGCCCCGCCAGGACGACGGAUGGAACGUCGUCGCGGCCAAGAAGAAGCCAAUGUCGGUGUCAAUUGGUGGAGGUGGCGACACCAACUCGUCGCCAGCGCGCUCGAGAGCGAUCGCGAACGAGCCACUCACCAAGCUCCAGCGCAAGAACCAGAAGAAGACCGAGGCGAAGCGUGUGGCCAAGGAGGCCGAGGAGGCCGACCGCCUCCGCCGCCUCGCUCUGCACAAGAAGGACCUGGAGCGGGAGAAGAUUAACGCGAUCUAUAACAAGCAGCAGAAAAAGGUUGUGCGCGAGCGUGGGCGGGUUGUCGAUGGGGGGAGCGGAGGUCAGGGGGCGACGCUGAACCAGAAGGGUCAACUGGUGUGGGAUUGA